GUGUGUGAGUGUGUCAGUGUGUCAGUUACUCUACACACACAGAUCUGAAGCGGGACAUGAGAGUUAAAUCUGGGAUUAUUUCCGGACUGCCUUCAUCUCUCUCUCUUCUUCUUCUUCCUCUUCUUCUUGUGCUGGAUGGAGUCUCCUGUUACAGUGAGUUUGAGAUCUCGGUACCCACUCGUGUACAGAUGGGUGUGUACGGCGAGUCUGUGCUUCUGUCCUGCACCUUCCCGGUGAGCGGCGCGUGGGAAGCAGACAGCAGUGUGAUCACAUGGCAGCGAAACCUAGAGGUGGUUCACAGUUUCUUCCAUGGCAGAGACCAGCCGGAGUACCAGAGCCCGAGAUACGCCGGGCGCACCAGCCUGUUCCAGCAGGAGAUGAAGAACGGGAACGCAUCGCUCAGGCUGGACCGUACCACUCUGGAGGACGCGGGGGAGUACACCUGCUCCAUCAGCACUAAGCUGGGCAGCCAGAGGAAGAGUUUCGGCCUCAAAGUAGCAGCGUUCUACCCCGAGCCUCGUCUGCACAUCUCUGUGCUGAACGACGGCCACCUGGAGGUGCUGGUGACCUCAGAGGGCGGCUACCCCUCCCCAUUGCUGCAGUGGCUGAUGGGAAACGAGAACGAUGUCACCAACAACACACACACGCAGCUGAUGCAGGACCAACACACACACCUGUACAGCGUGAACAGUAAGCUGAACCUGAGCGGCACCGUCAACUCCUCCAUCACCUUCAUUAUCAAGAACCCAGAUCUGGGCCAGGAGAUGAGGAGGAACAUCGACUUCUUCUCAGAAAAUGGAGGAUUUGACCAGACAGAGCAGCGAGCAGUAAUCAUUGGAGUUUCCAUUGUCGGAGUUGCGUUACUAGCCGUGAUCAUUUCAGUAAUUAUUCUUCAUCAAUGUUAUAUGAAGAGAACCUCCCGAAAUCCACCAGAGACCUGCGUAGAGUCAGGAGCAGCGUCCAACCAUCAGACUCGAACGGAUAAUUCUUUAAGAGAUAAAGCUAAGAAUUCUAUAGAACCUCUGUUAAAAGAAGAUCUUCUAAUUAGAUAAGAACGAUAGAUGUGUUGUUUUUUUCAAUAAACUCAGAUCACAUUAACACGGGCUGGUGAUGUCAAGAAAAGAACCAGAGGAGGUUUUUUCAUCAAACGUCCAAAGCCAUGAGAAGACGUCUACACCCUGAUCAGUAGUGCAUGUCGGUCUCUCAAACUGGAGUGUUUUGGACCCUGAUCGAUUUGGACGUUAAUGUUUUUAACGUUAAUAUAAAGAUAAUUAAGUCACAUUCCGUUGAGAGGAACUGGGUUCUCCUGCCUCAUGCUCAGCAAUUUUGGGGUAAACCUGCAGAUCUACUCACCAUCUGAUCCUGAUAAAGCACUUACUGACGAUACAUGAAUAAUUCUAUCUGUAAAAUGAAAAUGUUUGAGUUAUAGUUACAUUUUUUUUCUUUUUAGAGUUUAUACAUCUUCCUGUUGUAGUAUUGGGAAUUUUUAUUGGUUUCUUUUUAUAAAAGCUAAACUGUGACUCUCUGAGAAGCCUGAGUUUUGGAACGUUCUGUUUCUUUGUUAAUUUUUAUACACAUACUUACUUUAGGAGUUUUAUGUUUAAAAUCAAACCAGACCUCUACCAUGAAAUGGCAAUUAAAAAAGCGACAAAAUGUAAAAAACAGGAAGAAAUGAGCUUUAGGUAAACUCCUGACACACAGAUGUUGACACAGAUGUGUCGUGCUGACUGAAUCAGAUCAAAACGAACAUUUCCGUUUAAUAAUCGGUGGGAUAAAGUUAUUUAUACAAGAUGCAGAAUAGGACACUCAAAAGCUACACACACGUUUUUACUAUCUACAGAGAAUCCAGCACAGAACCCUUCUGUCCAUCAAACGGAUUUUAUUUGAUUGUAAUUCUUUUACUCCUUUUAGGAAAAAAAAUGUUUUAAAAAAUGUUUUUAAACAAGUAAAUCCAAAUUAGUUUUAAAAUUCUUAGAAAACAUUCUCAGCUGUGUGUUCUCUCCUGUGUUACUGGAUCUGAAUCAGUGUUAGUGUUCUGUAAUGACUUUAAUGUUUUAUAUCAUUAAAUGAAUAAAAUGUUAAAUUCAGUCUUGAAAAGCCGCAGGUGCGAUCACCCCAUUCUCUUAUUAUUUAUAUUUUCACAGUAAGAUAGUAAUCCUGUCUUAUUAAGCUGUAGUGCUGUGAUUGUACAGUAGUCCGUCAUCAUAAGCUGUUUUCUGUACAGUAUUUAUCUAUAUUUGUUGUUCUACAUUACUCUUGCUGGACAAGACGAGAGGAACAGAUACCGUGUUUUAAUUGUCAUGAAAUUUUUACUGCCAGAUUUUUAAAGACUCAUUUUUUUUUAUAUUGCCAAAAUAUUUAUUAAAAUUGUUUAGUUACACAUAAAUAUACAAACGUUAAUGUCUGAGCACUUUUAUUAAAUUUUUGAAAGAGCUUUUGGUCCGUGUUUUAUUCUGAAUGUAUUUUGAAGGUCAUGUUUAAACACUGCGGUGCUCUUUUCUCCAAACACCUCAUA